CAUCAGAAAAUCUCUUUUCUUGAGGGAGCAAAUGAAUAUUGUAAUUCUCCAGGAGCACCCCAUCGCUCUUUUGCUUGAGAGAGCAAAUGAAUAUUGUACUUCUCCAGGAGCACCCCAUUAACAACUGGUUCUUACCGACCAUAUGAAAUUCCAUUGUACAAAACCCACUCUGAGUCCACAUAGAGAGACGCAUAAAUAGAGAGAUCACAAGCACUCCUGUCAAUUUCAUUUGGUCCACAUAUAGAGAGAGAGAUGGGCUCAACAAUGGCGGAUAAGCCUCAUGCCCUGUGCCUUCCAUUUCCAGGUCAAGGCCAUAUCAACCCCAUGAUGAAACUAGCCAUGCUUAUCCAUUCCAGAGGCUUUCACAUAACCUUUGUGAACACACACUUCACUCAUGAGCGCAUAGCCGAGUCUUGCGGCCCGUCGGCCUUAACAGGACUCCAUGACUUUCGACUUGAAACCAUCUCCGACGGGCUGCCGCAAGAUCAUGGCAGAAUUCUCAAGCUCCCGGAACUCUGUGAAGCUGCUCUAAAAAAUUUUCCAGCACCUUUGAAGCAGUUAAUUGUCGAGAUAAAUGAAUCGGGGGAUGUCCCUCCUGUAAGUUGCAUUGUUUCGAGCGGGUUCUUGAAUUUCACUCAGGAGAUUGCAGAUGAGGUGGGGGUUCCCCGGGUAGCCUUGUGGACCACCAGUGCCUGUGGAUAUUGGGGAUACUUCCACGUUCCUGAUCUCAUUCAAAAAGGCUAUACCCCUCUUAAAGAUGAGAAAUGUCUAAGUAAUGGAUACUUAAACACCCGGUUGGAUUGGGUACCAGAAAUGCCCGAUAUCUGUCUCAAGGACAUGCCAUCCUUCAUUCGAACAACUGAUCCAAAUGAGUACAUGCUCCACUUCACCAAAGAUGAAACUCAAAAGGCUUUCAAGUCUUCAGCCUUAAUUCUUAACACAUUUGAUGAAUUUGAAACAGAGAUUCUCGAUGCCAUGAAGGCCAAACUCCCAUGUCCGAUCUACACUAUGAGCCCUCUACUAACCUUCGCUAGCCAUGCUUGCAAAGAUCAAGUGAAUCAGAUCCCCACCAAUCUAUGGAAAGAGGACUCCUAUUGUCUCGAAUGGCUGGACAAUAAGGAAAUUGGAUCAGUGAUAUAUGUGAACUUUGGUAGUAUUGCAGUAUUGACAACCCACCAACUCAAUGAAUUUGCUUGGGGACUUGCAAAGAGCCAAAAACCAUUCAUAUGGAUAAUUCGUAAAGAUCUAGUUAUGGGUGAAUCCGCGAUUUUGAGUCAAGAAUUCACGAAUGAAAUAAAAGAGAGAGGCUUAAUCACAGGUUGGUGUAAUCAAGCACAAGUUCUUUCACACCCUUCUGUGGGUGGUUUCUUGACUCAUGCUGGGUGGAAUUCUACAUUGGAGAGCAUAUGUAAUGGGGUUCCAAUGAUAUGUUGGCCUUUCUUUGCUGAGCAGCCAAUGAAUUGUAGGUACGCAUGCAGCAAGUGGGGAAUUGGCAUGGAGAUUAGCAGUGGCCUGAAGAGAGAGGAGGUGGAAGGUCUGGUUAGGGAGUUGAUGGAGGGUGAGAAGGGGAGGGAAUUGAGAUCAAGGGUCAAGAUAUGGAAAGAGACUUCCAAAGCAGCCAUCAAGUUUGGGGGAUCCUCUUAUUGCAAUCUAGAUAGGCUGAUAAAAGAGGUAUUGAUGAAGCAGCAAUGAGAAGAACCAUAUCCCUUUCUUAAAAUUAAGAAUUGAUCUAUGUUGGACCUUCAAAUAUUUUCUUUUUCAUUGUUUUUGUGCUUGGAAAUUGUGUGCGGAAAUCAUUUUCGAGGUAUUGCAACCGAGUACUCUUCUUGUA